GUUUUUCAGUUAUUUGUAAUUCAUCAAUGACUGUAAUAUAUAUUAAAUGUUCAAGUUCAGUAAUAAAAAUAAAUUGUAUAUAUUUAUUAUGCUAUACUUAUCAUUCAUGUAUACUAUUCAUGUUUAAACAUUUUUAAUUGUAAACAUAUUUAACAACUAAAAUUGAGUUUUAUUUUACUACGGAUUUAAGGUAUGUCUCAUUCUAAAUCCAAUACAACUUUCAUAAUUUUUAAAGCUUAUUCAGAAGAAAAUGAGCCAAUAGAUCCAUAUAUAAGUAUUUUAAAAAAUCAGGGAUAUGAAGCUCAUUUAAUACCCACUUUAGAAUUUGAAUAUCAUAACUUUGAUAUCCUUAAUCACAAACUACAAAAUCCACACGAUUAUUCUGGUAUGGUAAUAACUAGUCCAAGAUGUGCCCGUGGAGUCAUUAAGUGUUUGGCUGAUAGUAGGCUAGAUGAAAAUUGGCUUAAAAAACCUAUAUUUGUCGUUGGAGAAACAACAUCUCGACUGGUAAACAAAGAGCUCGGUUUUGAGCCAAUUGGGGCUGAUAGUGGCAAUGCCAUGGCUUUGAUACCUAUUAUUUUAAAAUAUGAAUUAAGUAAACCAUUAUUAGCUCCAUGUGGAAAUCUAAAUCUAAAUAUACUAUCUGAUAAUAUAAACACUGUUAAAUUUGAGAAUAUAGAAGUUUACCGGACUAUACCACAUAAUAAUUUAAAGACAAAUUUAGAUAUAUUAUUGAGUCAAAUUAAAAACCAAAUAGGAGUUAUUUUUUUUAGUCCUUCUGGCUUUCGUGCAAUAUUAGAUUUGAUGCCAAAACAAUUAUUUAGUCAAUUAUAUAUAAUAUUAUACAAGUUGAAUCAAGCACAAAAAAUCAGUUUUAAAAAAAGUUGGUUAAAACGUCUGAUUUCAAUUUUUAUUGUCGGACAAAAGGUUUGAGUACAAUGACUGGAAAGGAUAGAGAAUAUUUUUGCUAUCGGUCCUACUACAGGUGCUGCUAUUAAGGAAGCUGGUUAUAUAUUAACUGGGAUAUGUGAAAAACCAAAACCAGAGUCUAUGUUAGAGAUGAUACAAUCAUUUAUUGAAUAACUCAAUCGAGUAUUGAUUUAUCAAAAUUAAUACAUAACUUUAAUUUACAAAAUAUAAAAUAUAUUCUAUAAUUCUGUAUGACAUAGAAAAUAUAUUUCAGUUACUGACA